UGGGUGGGAGUUGAGAGAGACAGACAGACAUCCCCCUGCUCCUCCAUCUCUCCUGCCUGGACUUCUGCUCACCGCCCCCUCAGAGAUGGCAGAGGACAUGUGGGAGAACAGCACAGUCCCCAGCCCUUACCCCGACCUCCCCCUGUCUUUGCUACUAUGCAACGACACCCUCCUCAAUGACACCCUCCUCAAUGACACCCUCUUCAACUGUAUCAACUCCACCAACAUUCCAGAGAUGCCAUUAGGACCCAGUGUAGCAGGGGUCCUCAUCCCACUCAUCUACAUCAUCGUCUGUGUCAUCGGCCUGGGCGGCAACAGCCUGGUUAUACACAUUGUGCUGCACUACUCCAAGACGGAGUCUGUGACUAACAUCUAUAUCCUGAACCUGGCCAUCGCUGAUGAGCUCUUCAUGCUGGGCCUGCCCUUCCUGGCUGUCCAGAACACCCUCCAGUUUUGGCCCUUUGGCUCCUUUAUGUGCCGCCUGGUCAUGACCGUGGACUCCAUCAACCAGUUCACCUCCAUCUUCUGCCUGACCGUAAUGAGCAUUGACCGCUACCUGGCAGUGGUCCAUCCCAUAUGCUCCUCCAAGUGGCGGCGGCCCCAGGUGGCCAAGGUGGUCAAUGGCACAGUGUGGGCCAUCUCCUUCCUGGUGGUCCUGCCUGUGGUAAUCUUCGCCAACGUCCACAAGACGGGCGGCACCUGCAAUAUCUCCUGGCCUCGGCCGGCCAACAUUUGGCGGGCGGCUUUUAUCAUCUACACGUCUACAGUGGGUUUCUUCUGCCCACUCCUCAUCAUCUGCCUCUGCUACCUGCUCAUUGUUUUCAAGAUCCGCAGCUCUGGCAAGAAGGUCCACGCCACGUCCACCAAGCGCAGGAAGUCGGAGCGCAAGGUAACGCGCAUGGUGGUGAUUGUGGUGGCCGUGUUCGUCUUCUGCUGGUUGCCCUUCUACGCCCUCAACAUCCUCAACCUGCUGGUGUCUCUGCCAUCAGAGUACCAGGGCCUCUACUACUUUGUUGUGGUAAUGGGCUACGCCAACAGCUGCGCCAACCCCAUCGUCUACGGCUUCCUGUCAGAAAACUUUAAGCGGGGCUUCCGCAAGGCCCUGUGUCGCUCCUCACGCAAGGUGGAGAGCCACGACCUGACAGAGCGCCAGCAGCACCAGCAGGAGGAGAGAGGGAGGGUGCUGAAGCCCCGAGAGAGCUUAAGGAGAGUCGUACGAGAUGAGGAAGAGGAUGAUGAAGACAGGGAGGACGUCACAGAAAUGACGGAGAUCUGUAGGAUCGCCCAGAAUGGGAACGGACAUCCUGAGAGUUCCCAGGCCCUGUUAACACCCAAGGCGCCAGCUCCAGGGGCAUCUGAGCAUGAAGCAUCCCCAGAAAGGAAAGCCAAAGCUGGUGACAUUGGUGGGAAAGGCCCAAGCUUGGGGCCUCCAGCAUCCCUGCAUAAUGGACACACAAAUGGGAGUGUCAAACCACUGCCAGAGGAGCCAGUGGAGAAGAACAUCUCACUGGAGAUAAGCUACCUAUAAUGUAAAAUAACUGGCUCUGAAGUCAGUUACCUGAUGGAACUUGCAUUAAUAUUUUGUAGCAUUCAUGUAAUGUCUAUGGAAUGAGCCACACUAAAGUGUGGCUUUAUUUAAAUGUACAGCGCUAUACACAUAUAGAGAAGAGAAGCUCUCUGCAAGGCCAUAGCACCUUUCAUAAUUUAUUGUUACAUUCCUGAUCAAUGGGGUGGCAGCGUAGCCUAGUGGUUAGAGCAUUGGACUAGUAACCAAAAGGUUGCAAGAUCAAAUCCCUGAGCUGACAAGGUACAAAUCUGUUGUUCUACCCCUGAACAAAGCAGUUAACCCAUUUUUCCUGACAUAUCUGAUUGUAAUUUUAUUACAUUUUUCCUGCACAAUGUGACAAUCAUUUAUAUAUAGAUGAAUGUAGCGUCACUUUUAUAUCCUAGUCAUUCAUCUCGCUACACCUAAGCUGGAGGAACAGAGGACAGAAGAAAAAGAAGGCACCUUGUGUAGCUUCUAUUCCAUGCUGUGGUUGUGUUUGUACUGCUGCUAUAUGGGGGAAGAAAAGGGCUCUGGAAAGAGUUGGCAACUUGGCAUCCGGUGACAGUGUCUCAUGUUACUGAAUAUCAAGGUGGAAUAUAUGGUGACAGUGUCUCAUGUUACUGAAUAUCAAGGUGGAAUAUAUGGUGACAGUGUCUCAUGUUACUGAAUAUCAAGGUGGAAUAUAUGGUGACAGUGUCUCGUAUUACUGAAUAUCAAGGUGGAAUAUCUUGUGACAGUGUCUCAUAUUACUGAAUAUCAAGGUGGAAUAUAUGGUGAGAGUGUUCAAUUUGCUUGAGGGCAUACCAAGGUUGCACAUAUCUGAUUGUUGUUGUGUUGUUGUUCAGCACUUGACCCUCUGGUUUCUGUAACUCAGCCUAUAUAGUAUGCCAUUUGAAAGGUCAAGGAACAUCAGAGUUCCUAUACACUGAUUGUUUCUUUUAAGAAUGACUUUUUCCUUUUCUUUUGAAUGUUAUCUGGCAGCUAUGACAGCGGAGCCACAUUGGAGGCAUUGAGGUUGAACAGACAGAGGAUAUGAGAAUAUAGACAGAUAAAAUAUGAGCAUGAAUGGCUGAAAUCACGACAUUGUAGGGAUGGUAUCUACAAUAUCUGACAUCUAGGUGAUUCAUAUGACUAAAUGUGUAAUAAAUAUAUUUGUUUUAUCAUAGAUAUUUACUUGGACAACAAAAGGAGCGCAGAAUGUAAAAAUAGUAGAUGUUCUCUUUAGAGGUUUAGUUCAUCAGGGGAAAAGACUACUGUAAAUCAUGCACACACACCAAGCCAUGAAAAAGAAACUGGUACUGUAGGUGCACACAAAAUAUGCAUUAUUAGACCGUUACACCAGAGUUAUCACAAAGCCACAAACCCUCAUAAACCAAUUUGCCCAGUGGAGUGGAAGGCAUUAGGUGAAACCACACUGACCAACACAUAAAGUGCCUCUAUAUUGUUACACUCCACCAACAUUGUUGACUCUUGUGCCCCUUUCACUGCAUUCAAUGAUGCAAACAGCACUGUAUUGUAGAACGCAGUUAACUCACUUGAACAAUGCUAUCUGAUCUAUGAUAAAUCAAUUUCCUCUGCCACACUCCCACACACACACUCUCUCUCACACAGCUGCAUUAAGAAGUGUGAAAACAUCAUGAAAAGGGAAUUGUUUCACUAAUGCCAUGCUUGCAGUUCCGCUGUGCAGACUUGUGACAAGCAGCAUGCUGUGAAGUGUUGUGUAAUUGCCACUUUCCUGUAAAAUAUACACUUGUUUACUCGUGCUUCAGUUGUGUACGGGAUUAUUCUAUCAUAUGUGAUUUUUGUUUCCCACUGUUUGUGUGAUCUUUCCUCCGUAAUAAUCAGCGCAGUGCUUUUUGUUGACGGAGGGGAGGCAAGCAGCUGACCACCUGAUUGGUCGACGGGUGGUAUCUUUAUGCAAGGCUAAGAACACAACAGAGCACUGAAAGUCAGAGAAUAGGCAGAUGUGCCAUUUGGUUUGGGAUUAAAUCUCUCAAUCCAAGGGCAACACACAUGCAUUAACAUGUUCUCAGCUAACUAUCUGUAGAGGAUCAUCCUGUUGCGUGGCCAUUGCGUUCCAAUGGGCCAUGCCAAAAUACCAUCAGUGUUAUUGUGCCUCUUCUUUUGAUGAUGUCUCAAGCAUCUCAUUGUGCCAACGCAAUCUGACAUUUUAAGCAUUGCUCAAAGAGACAGCUGGGGGAUAACAAGUAAAUGGUUUGCUGAUGGUUUGUGGGAGAAGGGACUGUUC